ACGUUAAAACCUGUGGAUUUUGGAGUGAUACUGUCAUUUUCGGCUUUAAACAUAAUGUACAUCAAGUGCGCGUUGGUUUUGUGUGCUGCUGUGGCAGCCGACGGAUUUAACUUGGCACCCUUGGAUGUUGAAUUCCACCUCUACACCAGGUCAAACCCAUAUGUGAGCCAGCCUGUCACCCCGUCGUUCACUUCUUUUCUAACGACCAACUUCUCGCCUUCGCGCCGCACCUUCCUUACAAUUCAUAGCAAUGGAGAAGGAGUCGCCGGAAACUUCAAUGCCUUUGUAGUUGGAGGUUUACUCACCGCUGCGGACGUGAACGUGAUCGCCGUCGACUGGAGCCGCGCCUCUUUGCUCUACACGUUAGGUCUCGCCAACGCGCCCCAGGCCGGAGAAAUGAUCGCAGACAUCAUCAACGUCCUCAUCGUCAACUUUGGCUACUCCGCCGACUUGGUCACCAUAGUUGGUGUUGGACUCGGGGGUCAUCUCGCUGGUAUCACCGCACGAGCUAUCAGCGGAAAUGUUGCUCAUAUUGUUGCGAUCGAUCCUUCUUUCCACGGCUGGACUCACCAUCCCGAUAUUCUGACGGCUGAAGACGCUGGCGUAGUGGAGGUCCUCCACGCUACCGCCGGAAUCCAGGGCUACGAUUAUCCUCUGGGUACCAUCGACUUCUACCCCAACGGUGGAGUGUACCAGAAUGGCUGUGGUGCCGACAUUUCAUGUGGUCACAUUUUCGCAUACGCAUUCUACGCUGAGUCUGUUAUCGCAGAGUUGAACUCAAAUACUAACAACCAGUUUGUCGGUACUGCUUGCGAAAGCUAUGAACAAGCCGUGGCAAAUAGCUGCUCUGGCCCAAGAGAUGCUAUUUUCGGCGGCACUGCUGUCAAAACCAGCGAAUCUGGAAUCUACACUUUCAACACCAACGCCGUUCAGCCGUUUGCCCAGGGUUAA